AUGAGCUCGAUUGAAGAGCUUAAAAUUGUGCGGCUCUACCGUGCCUACAACACCGUCAUUCAGAUGUGCAUGGACCGUGGCUACACAGUGCGCCAUCCGUCUGCCGUCGCACAUGCCCUUCUUGACCCGUCUGUCUACAACGACGAGUACGGUCUGGACUAUGAGUGGUUCCUGCAGCACUUUGUGGUUGUGCAGGCCACACCUACCGCUGCCUCCGGGGCGGCAGGAGGAGAGGAUGACAAUGCGACGAGGGUGCAAACAAGUCACAGCAAGGCCUUAGAGGAGAGGAGAAACUGGACGCUAAUGCGCGGCGCUAUGCGGCUUGUGUGCAGCUCCGAGGUGGUGAAGUCGACGAACGACGAGUCUGCCUCGCUCAGCAAAAGUGGAGAAAAGGGUGGGAAGUCAAUGCUCGUUUUUUUUUCGGCGUUGCCGUCGCUUAGCAUGAGUGAAUUGCAGGAAUUUCGUGACAAAGCCUUACAGAAGCAGGCGCAUUGCAUGAUUGUUGUGUCCGCCGGGAAGAUAACUCCGGUAGUGCGUCGUGGCGCACGCGAGUUGAGUGGACGCCUUCGGGCUGGCACUGCCGAAGAAAUUAUGUCGAUUCAACUCUUUGAGGAGGAUGAGCUUGCGUACAACAUUGCACGCCACGAGACGGUUCCAUCGCAUGUAGCGCUUUCCCCUGAACAGGCGCAGGAGUUUCUUCAGCAGCGUCAGAUUUCUCUCUCGCAGCUACCGCGCAUCCUUAACGAGGACCCGAUGGUGGCAUACCUGGGCCUUGUGCGUGGCAGUAUUGUAAGGAUCCAACGCGAGUCGAAGGAGAGUGGCCCCUACGAGAUGUAUCGACAGGUUAUUUAG